AUGGAGAAAUCACGGCGGCGCAAGGAUCGUAAAACUACCAGCCUCGACACUGGCCAACACUCCUCAUUGCCGCCUCUACUCCCAAUGGAACUCAUGAUGGACAUCUUCUCUAGGUUAUCCCUCAAGUCCAUUGCCAUCUGUCGCUGCGUGUCGAAGCAGUGGGGCUACGUACUCGGCCAUCCUGACUUCAGGGACCUCCGCUUGGCAAGGUCUCAGGCUCGUCCUUGUCUAUUGUUCGCCUGCUUCAGAGGUAAUAAGCUAUUCUUCCUCUCCUCACCUCAACCUCAGUCUCAGUCUCCUGAUGAUGAGAUGUUUGCCGCCGAUCAUCACAUGAGUUUCUCCUUUACCCGUCCUGUCAAAGAUAUAUCUACAAGUGUCAGUGGCUUCGUAUGUGUCUCUUUCCGCGGUUAUCAGUCCGGAAGGCAAUUCAUGGCGGACGAGUCGGUGGUAUGUAACCCUAGCACUGGACAAUCAUUUACUAUACCCAGAAUGAAGACAAUGAAGAGGACUGGGGGGAUACGGUUUUUCGGGUAUGAUCUUGUCGAGAAACAUCACAAGGUAUUGGCAAUGAUUCGUCCUCCUGGCCACGGCGGCAGAACUGUGGACCAUCAAGUGCUAACAUUAUUAGGAGGAAGAACUGAGAAAGCGACCUGGAGAAUGGCUGAAUGUGGCAUACCAUGUGCCUCUUCUAGGGAUAUACAGAGUUUAUGCAUUAACGGUGUUUUCUAUUACAUCGAGUUGGUUAGCGAUUGGGGUCUUGAUAGUAUGAUAAUUUGCUUUGAUGUUACAUCUGAGAAGUUCAGCUCUGUUAAGUUUGCUAGGGAUUUAUAUCCGGUGCGGCGAAACUAUCCGGGGCGGCUGCUAGAUUUCAACGGUAAAUUGGCUUUAGUACCAAGUGACAGUCUUCGUGUCACAAGUAAAUGUAUUGUGACGUGGGUUCUACAAGACUCUGAAUGGUCCAAACUUGUUUACAUAUUGCCCCCUAUGUGGAAAGUUGUAGUUGGUCCAAAGGAGUGCUUAGAGAUUGUUGGAGUGACUGGUCCGAAUGAGUUUGUUAUGUCUCCCAUAUAUUCAUCUGACCCUUUCCAUGUCUACUACUGCAAUUUCGAGAAGAAAACUGUGAAAAGAGUUGUGAUCCAAGGAAUGGGGGCGUUUGGGAGUGGGAGGAGGUAUUAUGUUCGCACAUGUCUGAACCAUGUGGAGGAUUUGAAGCAUAUGGAAUUAUAA